AUGCCCUCUGUUCAGACAUGGACUGUUACCAACUACCAUCUAGUUGAGAAUUUGCCAUAUAAUCUCGGAAAUAUGUGUUCUCUAAGAAUGUUAAGAUUAUCAGCAUCACCAGGCCUCAAACAACUUUUGACAUCAAUUGGAAAACUUGGGCAGUUGGAAUUUCUAGACAUUUCACUAUGCGAGAGCUUGGAAAAACUUUCGGAGGAAAUAGGUGAGCUCAAGAAAUUGAAAGAGUUUGACAUGAGAGAGUGUUAUCAUUUGAGGAGGUUUCCUAGUAGUUUUUGUGGACUAAGCUCCCUUAAACAUGUUAGCUGGAAUGAGAAUAUUGGGGACAAGUGGUUGCAAGCUAAAGCUUGUUCUAUCCCUGAUCUUAGAGUUGAAAUUGUGGAAGCACAAUUCACUUUUCCGAUGCUAACUUUUUAG